AGCAGGAAGUGAGGGUCGUGGGAUUUUGAAAGCUGUUGGUGGUGAAACGCGGUGAAACCGUGAUGAGUGUGAGUUUUAAUGACAGGUGUUGAAGAAACAUGGAUCAGCUUGUGAGGGCUCUGCUAAUGCUCCUCUUAGCGCACUUACCGGCUUCAUUUCACUGUACAGCUGCGCUCAGCGGAGAUGAUGGAGGAUGGGCACUGGGUUCAAGUAUAGAGGAUGAAGGCGAGUGCAGCAUUGAGAUAAGAGACGUGAACUCCAUAACACACACACAAUUCAUUAAAGAGUAUGCUUAUGCAAAACCAGUUAUACUCCGAGGACUUACAGAUAACGCGAAGUUCCGUUUCCUGUGUUCCAAGUCCAAUCUGCUGCGAGAGUACGGAGGGAACACGGUCCGUCUCAGCACAGCCAAUACACACUCAUACAGGAAAGUGGAUGUGCUGUUUGAAGAGUUUGUGAAGUUCCUGUUGACCCCUCAGCCUAAAGACACACUGGGCAGUGAUACUCUGUACUUCUUUGGGGACAAUAACUUCACGGAGUGGCAUUCUCUGUUUGAGGAGUAUAAAGCGCCACCUUUUUCUCUUCCACUCAUGCAUCCUGCCUAUAGCUUUGGGAUUGCCGGACCAGGUACUGGCGUCCCGUUUCACUGGCACGGUCCCGGCUACUCUGAAGUUGUUUAUGGCAGAAAGCGAUGGUUUCUUUACCCCCCUGAUGAGGCGCCCGAGUUCCAUCCCAACCACACCACUCUCUCCUGGGUCUCUCUGUCCUACCCAAACCUGGAGCUCCACCAGAGGCCCCUGGAGUGCACCAUACGCCCCGGAGAGGUGCUGUAUUUUCCAGAUCGUUGGUGGCAUGCCACUCUAAAUCUGGACGCCAGCGUCUUCAUUUCGACUUUUCUGGGGUGAAGACUGACGUGGUGGACACACACCGAGUGCGAUUGCGAGCAAGGAUUCAAUGUUCAGAGGACCAAAUGUGACCCUGGAGCAGAAAACCAGACAUAAGUAGCACGGGUAUAUUUGAAGCAAUGGCCAAAAAAUACAUUGUAUGGGUCAAAAUUAUUGUGAUGUUAAACAUCGUGUUCCAUGAUAUUUAAAUUUUUGCUCAGUAAUAUGCACUGCUAUAGACUUCUUAGUGAUUUUUUUA